AUGGACAUGGACGAGGAUGACGAUCUCUAUCAGCCAGAGGAGCCCAAGGUCGAGCCAGAAGAGGACAAGAAGCACAAGGUGGAAGAGCUAGAGGAGGGCGAGGAAGAAGACGAGAGCGGCGCCAUGGACGAAGAUGACGACGAAGACGACUCAGAUAUAGACAUCAUCACAGAACGAAAAGACGGCACAAAGGCAGCGCCGCCACCGCAGACGAAGUACAGCGACAUCAGGAAUAUCCCCCAGCGGUCAGCCUCCAACGACGUCUCGGCCAAGCCCUCAGCACCGGUCAAGAGGGACGAGGACUCCAAACCGACGAGCGCCCUCAACAUUGCCGCCCCCAGCGCGGACCAGACGUCAGCCGCGGCCUCGAAAUCAACAAUCGACAUCAAUGCCAAUCCAGUCUACCCUGCGGCAGGCAAGCCCAUAACGCAGGUCAAUAUUGACGAAGAUCUACCAGACAACGACAAACCGUGGCGCAAGCCUGGCACUGACAUCAGCGACUACUUCAACUACGGUUUCGACGAGUUCACAUGGGCGCUCUACGCCGCCAAGCAAGAGUCUAUCCGUGGCGAGUUCGGCGCCGAUGUGUUUGCUGCCAACAACAAGAAGAUGAUGGAGGAGUUCAACAUGAUGAUGAUGGGCGGCAUGGGCAUGCAGGGCGCAGCAGGCGCUGGAGCAGGCGCCGGCGGUGCUGCCGGCGGCAUGCCGGGCAUGGAUGGGAUUCCCCCGGAGAUGCAGGCCAUGAUGCAGCAGAUGAUGGCUUCGGGCAUGGACCCCUCGCAGAUGGACCCGAGCCAGAUGGCGGCCAUGUUCUCCGGGAUGCAAGGCGCCGGCGGGAACGCGGGCGCGCAAGGGGGCCAGGGGCAGAACUUUGGCGGCGGCUUCGGCGGGAACCAGGGCGGCUUCGGCUAUGAUCAGGGCAUGGCCGGAGGUGGCGGUGGAAGAGGUGGAUUUGGCGGCCGUGGACGCCGUGGCCGAUGGUAG